AUGCUCGUGGUGGACGAAUGUAUGAGUGUCUGGAAGGGACGUGAAGCCAAGUUUACGCACGAUGGGCUUCCUCACAAAACAAAAAUUGCUCGAAAACCCGAAGGAAAGGGAACUGAGCUGAAAUUUCUCGCCGACGGCGAUAGUGGAGUGCUACUAGGACUUGAACUUGUAGAAGGUGUUGCUCUGCAACGUCAGAAGGCACAUUUCAGUGAAUUUGUGCCUUUGCCUCAGUGA